AUGAAGUGGAUAAAUUCUGCGGAAUACAAGAUACACCUCAUACGAUCCGGGACUAUCGUUAGGCGGUCAAUGCAUUUCUACGGUUACGAAAAUGCACCAUUUAAAUUUCUCGGUCGUAAGAUUGAUAAUAUAGGCCGUACUCCAUCUUUAGAAGGAAUAGUAGAUAGCUUUUUGAACGAUCUUAACAAGUUAGAUGCAGGCGUCAUAAAGAUGUUAAAGUUGUGGCUCGGGCUCGCUCUAACGGCUGAUUCAUCGGCGUUAUUUAGGGGAAGCAAUAGUUUUGGGAUGAGUCUAAAAAGGCCAUCGGAGCUCUAUAAACACCUAAGAGUUUCCAAGAGAUAUAUCCUGGGGAAAUCCCAUGAUGACAUAGUGACAUCGCUCCCAAAAGAUGAAGAUGCCCCCGAAAUGAUAAAUAUAAGAUCCAUGCAAUGA